GUUCACUCUCUUGUUUAAAUAAAGCUCGAUUAUUGAGAAAGCCGGGGGAGGAGCGCAACGGCGGAGCUCUGCGCCUGCGUGCUGGCGGCCCCAGUGCCCGGCGGGGACCGCGUCCGUAGUGGGCCGGGACCCAGAGGAGGCGGCGUCUGGGACGCCAGGGAGCUCACUGCCGGGCGCAUGGCUGCCUGAUGGAAUGUGAGGGGUGGCUGUGAAGGUGUGACGUUGGGUGCUGCAGAUCUGGUCACUAUGGUACGAGAACGAAAAUGCAUAUUGUGCCACAUUGCGUACAGCUCAAAAAAGGAGAUGGACGAACACAUGCGGAGCAUGUUGCAUCACAGGGAACUUGAGAACCUGAAGGGCAGGGACAGUAGCCACGAGUGUCGCGUGUGCGGAGUCACCAUAGUGGGUCUCUCUGCAUAUGCAAAACACAUUUCUGGCCAGUUGCACAAAGAUAAUGUUGAUGCUCAGGAAAGAGAAGAAGAUGGAAAGGGAGAAGAGGAGGAAGAAGAGUAUUUCGAUAAGGAACUUGUUCAGUUAAUAAAACAAAGGAAAGAACAAAGUCGACAAGAUAAAUCUUCCAGUAGCAGCCAAGAAAUAAACUCAGAUGGCAGACAACCCCAGUGGAGACGCGAAGACCGAAUCCCUUACCAAGACAGGGAUAAUUACAGUCAGCCAGCAAGGCAUCAUCGUGGACCUCCACAGUGGGAUUGGAAAUGGGAAAAAGACGGCUUUAAUAAUGCUAGGAAAAGUAGCUUUUCACAUUCUUUGAGGAAUGGUGGUGGACCAAGAGGAUGUGCUGGGUGGCGUAAUGGGGUUGCAAGGGGCUCCUCAACUUGGUUUCACAGCCAUAGUAAUUCUGGGGGAGCUUGGCAUCCAAAUAACGGGAUGGUAGAUUGGAAUUAUAAUGGUCCAGGAAGGAAUUCCAGUUGGCAUUCUGAAGGAACAGGUGGUUUUUCCAGUUGGCAUAUGAACAACAGUAACGGAAACUGGAAAUCCAAUGUGCGUAAUAUGAAUAGUUGGAAUUACAAUGGCCCCGGAGACAAAUUUCAACCAGGGAGAAACAGAAAUUCUAACUAUCAGGGAGAAGACAUGAAUAUGCCAUGGAACAAGAAAUCUAAUAUGUCAAGCAAAUACAAUCAAGAGAGAUAUAAUUGGCAGUGGCAAGAUAAUGAUAAAGUUGGUAUGGUUGCAGCAUACAGAAGUCCUUCUGAAGACUUUACCAGUGAUAGAUUUCCUUCAGAAGACUUACAUGACUUCAAUUUUGAGCAACCAGAAAGCCAGACUACUAAACAAAUAGAUAGUGCACCUACCAAAACUGGUGGAAAGAAUGGCAGUGUAGCAAGGGAAAAGCUCCAUCGAUGGACUCCGUACCCUUCCCAGAAGACUCUGGAUUCACAGUCGGGAUUGAAAGAAGUCACUGGUAAUAAUUCAGAAAUGACAGAUAAGCCUCUCUUUGACUUUAGCUUGAUAACUGCAGGAAUACGAGCACCUCUAACUGAUGAAGCUAAUAAUCCCCCAGCACUAAAAACACAAAAAGAAAUAGAUAAUGGAUCUCUUAAUCACAAAGCCCCUUCUGACUGCCCUGUUUCCUGUGAGGUGAUGAGAGAUUGUCCCAUUACAGAUAACCCUGAACAAGAACAUAACUCAAAUAAGUUGCUCUCAUUGAAAUCCCCACUUCCACUUCUGGCCACUAAGCCCAUUUCUCAAAAGCAAGACCCAAAGACUCCCUCAAAAAACACCAAAACAAAUUCUUUUCCUGCAGGAAACUCAAAUCCCUUGAAUGAACCCAUUUUAGAAGAUAACCAUGGUUCUUCCUCCCUGUCCAAAAUGCGUAGUUCAUGUUCUCGUAAAGGAAGUAAGACUGCCUCUGGCACUCAGAAAGAAUUGGAUGUUAACUUAAGUAGUACAAUACAAAAAGCCAAAGAAAUGCUACAGUGUCAUGAGUCAUUGAAAGAUCCACCUCAUAGCACUCCUAAAAGGACCAGGAUCUAUGCAAAAACAGGUAGGAAUGUACUGGAGUCUGAAAAAGGAUCUUUGAAGAUUGAGUUUCAAGUACAAGCAUUAGAAGAUGAAAGUGGUGGAGAAACAUCUGACACAGAAAAGCAUGGAACAAAACUCGGAACCCUAGGUUCUGCAACUACAGAAGUUUUACCCUGUAGCACUCAUACUGUCGGUGAGAAAGAAGAGGAUGACCAGAUCCUGAAAACAUCUAGAAAACUUGCCUUCACCUCAUGUAAUUCCAUGGUUCAUGAGAAAGAGUCUGAGUCACAGAUGCCAUCUGCAGCCAGUCCACAGUCUAGCUUAUUACUGGAUUUGAAAACUUCUCUAGAAGAUGGCCAGGGUGAUAACCCUGUUAAAUCUCUCAUAUCUUACGAAACAGAAGCCUUUGCGAAUACUACCUUGGAAGCAGAACUUCACAAAAGUGAUAACAGUCAGCCCUCUGGUUCUCUCCUGCCCGAACUAAGUAAGCUUGGCUUUCCUGCCUCACUCCAGAGAGAUCUAACCCGCCACAUUAGUUCAAAGACCAAAACUGGAGCACACCUUCCUGAGCCAAACCUCAAUAGUGCUCGCCGCAUUCGCAAUAUUAGUGGUCAUCGAAAGAGUGAAACAGAGAAGGAGUCUGGUCUCAAGCCAACCCUAAGACAGAUUCUGAAUGCAUCUCGGAGAAAUGUCAACUGGGAACAGGUCAUUCAGCAAGUAACCAGGAAAAAGCAAGAGCUGGGCAAAGGCUUACCCAGAUUUGGCAUAGAAAUGGUGCCUCUGGUUCAGAAUGAACAAGAAGUCUUGGGUUUAGGUGGGGAGCCUGGCCUGUCUGGUCCUGAAGGGUUCCAGUGGGAAGCUGUUUCCAUCGCCUCAGCCCCUGGGUUGGCCAGAAAGCGAAGCCUUUCUGAGAGCAGUGUGAUCACAGACAGGGCUCCUGUGUACAGCUUCUUCAGUGAAGAAGGUACUGGCCGAGAAAGUGAACCCCAGCAGAUUGUUUCACCUAGUAACUCCCUGAGUGCUGCACAGAGUCAGAAAGCAACCCUGUGCCUUAAACAGGAAGCAACACCUCUGGCUGCCUCCCUCAGAACAUGUGAAAGGGCUGAAAACUUUGCUAUCCGAAGGCGACAUAGUACACAGUUGCCAUCUGACCAUAUGAUACCUUUGAUGCAUUCUGCAAAAGAUAUGAACAGCCAGGAGUGCUCUACAUCACCACCCAAGACUCAAAAUGCCCAGGAGAGCACUGGAGAAGGGGGCUGUUUAUCAUCAAAUGCGUCCUCAGUCCUUGCAAUCUCCAGCUUGGCAGAUGCAGCUACAGAUAGUAGCUGUACCUCUGGUGCUGAACAAAAUGAUGGCCAGUGUAUUAGAAAGAAGCGAAGAGCCACUGGAGAUGGAUCUUCUCCUGAACUCCCAAGUCUUGAGAGAAAAAAUAAAAGAAGGAAAAUUAAAGGGAAGAAAGAACGAUCUCAGGUUGACCAGCUGCUGAAUAUCUCCUUAAGAGAGGAAGAACUGAGCAAAUCCCUGCAGUACAUGGAUAACAACCUUCUGCAAGCCCGGGCAGCCCUGCAGACUGCGUAUGUUGAAGUUCAGAAGCUACUCGUCCUCAAGCAGCAGAUAACUAUGGAGAUGAGUGCACUGAGGACCCAUCGGAUACAGAUUCUGCAAGGAUUGCAAGAAACCUAUGAACCUUCUGAGCGCCCAGACCAGGCUGCCUGUAACCUCACCCGGGAACAGAGGAGCAGCAGAUCUCAGACAUCUGCUGAUGCCACACUGCUGCCUGCUCCCUUUUUCCCAGCUUUUCUGGGGCCACCUCCUUCCCAUGGGUGUCCGUCACCCACUGGAGCUCCUCUACAAGUAACCAUGUCAGCUGCACUCCAGGCCCAUGGCAGUACCCCUGCCCCAGACUCAUCGGUGCAGGUUAAACAAGAGCCCAUGUCUCCUGAACAGCAUGAGAGUGUGGAUGCCAUGGCACAAGGCUCUGCUUACAGUGUGCCCAAGGACUUACUGCAAGCUAAUAGAGAGAUUGGUGGCAGUCAUCUAAUUAAUUCAGGCCUCAUGGCACCAGAAGGUUGCCAGGAGCCUAACCAAGAUCUGAAGUUUUCUGUGGAGCAAGGAAAUAGCAGAAGCAGAGAAAACUCUCCCUCUUCCCUGUCAACUGAUCUUCCUAGCAUAAAUAAAGAAGGGGAAGAACCAGCCCAAGGCAACAGUGAGUCUGAGGCCUGUAGCAGUUCGUUUUUAAGAUUAUCUUUCUCUUCAGAAACCCCUCUGGAGAAGGAACCUCCCUCUCCUGCUGAUGAGCCUGGGCUACAGGCAGAAUCUACUCUCAUGUCCCCUGAAACUAGGGGAAACAAGAAAAAGAAGAAGCUUCGUAAGAAAAAAACACUACGGGCUACACAUGUUCCUGAGAAUAGUGACACUGAGCAGGAUAUAUUUACUGCUAAACCUGUAAGGAAAGUAAAAAUAGGGAAGUUACCUAAAGGAGGAAAAGUGACCACCUCUACCUGGGAAGACAGCAGAACUAGUCGGGAACAAGAGAGUGUCCAGGAUGAGCCAGAGAGCGACUCAUCUCUGGAAGUCCUAGAAGUUCCUCAUCCUCAGUUAGAAGUAGUAGCCAUUGAUUCUUCUGAAUCUGGAGAAGAGAAACCAGACAGCCCCUCUAAAAAGGAUAUUUGGGGCUCUAUAGAACAAAACCCAGUAGAAACUUCUCGUUCUGGUUGUGAUGAAGUUAGCUCUACCAGUGAGAUUGUCACUCCCAGCAAGGAUGGCAUCCCUUUAAGUGUGGCAGAAACUCAGACUGUGAUCUGUUCCCUAAAAGGCUCCAAAAACUCCUCAGAAAUAUCUUCAGAGCCAGGAGAUGAUGAUGAACCCACAGAAGGAAGCUUUGAAGGGCACCAAGCUGCAGUGAAUGCAAUUCAGAUAUUUGGAAACUUACUAUAUACCUGUUCGGGAGAUAAAACUGUCCGAGUGUAUAACCUGGUGAGUCGGAAAUGUAUUGGCAUCUUUGAGGGCCAUACUUCCAAAGUGAACUGUCUCCUGGUCACUCAGACCUCUGAGAAGAAUGCUGUGCUCUACACAGGUUCCAGUGAUCACACCAUUCGCUGCUACAAUGUUAAGAGCAACAAACAACUCGAGACCUUUGAAUGCCAUGGGCCAAGGGCUGUCAGCUGUCUUGCCACAGCCCAAGAAGGUUCCCGAAAGCUGCUGGUCGUGGGAUCUUAUGACUGCACCAUUAGUGUGCGGGAUGCCCGGAACGGACUGCUCCUCCGAACUCUGGAGAGCCAUACCAAGACCAUUCUGUGCAUGAAGGUGGUGAAUGACCUCGUGUUCAGCGGCUCCAGUGACCAGUCCGUCCAUGCUCACAACAUUCACACUGGUGAGCUUGUGCGGAUCUAUAAAGGUCACAACCAUGCAGUGACCGUGGUGAACAUCCUAGGAAAAGUGAUGGUGACUGCUUGCCUGGAUAAAUUUGUUCGUGUCUAUGAAUUACAGUCUCAUGAUCGACUGCAAGUUUAUGGAGGACACAAAGACAUGAUUAUGUGUAUGACCAUCCACAAAAGCAUGAUUUACACUGGCUGUUAUGAUGGCAGUAUUCAGGCUGUGAGACUAAAUCUGAUGCAGAAUUACCGCUGUUGGUGGCAUGGUUGCUCUCUGAUAUUUGGUGUUGUAGAUCACUUGAAACAACACUUGCUGACUGACCAUACUAAUCCAAACUUUCAGACUCUGAAGUGUCGCUGGAAGAACUGUGAUGCUUUUUUCACAGCUAGGAAAGGAUCCAAGCAGGAUGCUGCAGGACACAUUGAACGACAUGCUGAAGAUGAGAGCAAAAUUCAUUCAUGAAGUUUUUUGCCUCCCAUGUUGGGAAGUCAUUAGUUGAACUAUUCUCAUAUCAGCCCCUCACACAGGCCACUGUCUUCCCUCCCCUCUGGGAAGUAGGGCAGGAGAAAGUGGUUACUGGCCAGGCUGACCACUAGCAUAUCUGGGCAGCUCUAUGGGAUGGUGGGGCACACCUCAAGAUCUUGCAGUAGUAUUUAAGCAGCCAAUUCAGGCAGCCUUUAAGGAACUAUACAGCAGACAUAGGGAGAUUUAUGUUCCCAGCAUUCUCCAAACGUUCACUAAAGAUCUGGAUCUUAAUUGGUUCCCCAGUUUGGCACUAGUCAUUUGUGUAUUUAAUUGAUUUGUUUUUUAUUUAAUUUAUGUUCUUAAUGAUGGCUUGAACCUGUAGUCAGGUUUUUAAGUACAAGUUUGUUCAAAUGCUAAAUUUGCAAGAUCAGUUUUAAUUUCUCUAGUUAUUAUAACUGGGUAUUUAAAUUGGAAGCAGAUCGUUUCCUUUUUUAACAAUUAUGUACAGUGUGUUUCACUGUUUCCUGCUUUGCCAGAGGACAGAGCUGGCUUUAAAUGCUAAAGGACAUAACAGAUUUUUGAUAAGCAGCUAGAGUGGCUGCUCAGCCCACUAUGUAUUUUAGGAAUUCAGAAAACGAGUCCCAGAGUGGUGAUUCCUAACCGACAGCAUUUCCUGGUGAGGAUCUCUGUUCAGUGUGAGGUGGUGCACAGCCCAUCUCCUGCCUUGCAGCUUUGCUGCUAGACCUGGGUGCUCGUGCUGCAGCAUUGCCUUUUGUCAGGCGGUUUGAACUGAGGUGCACCUUUAUGCCCCUGUCUGGGCUCUGGAAAGCCUCUUGUGGUUCUCAGCCUUUUGGUUGGCUCCACUGUCCACCCCGUCUCUCCCUCUGUCUGGCUGUGCCUAGACCAGGGCAGCCAUCAAGUGUCCUCCAGACUCACAGGGUGCUCUCCACCCAUCUGCAGCCCCCACGAUGAGAGAAUUAGAAUAAAGCAUUUGGAUACAGUUUUUAGGGCCUCCAGUAGGCUUCCUGGAGACUCAUUUCUGAAGCCAGUGUCUUUGCCUUCACUUCCCCACUAGCUGGAAGAGGAGAGUGGGAUAUGGUGGCGGGAAAGGCUCUGUCUGUCCAUUGUAAAUACCCAAGUCGACAAAACCUGAGGGCACUGCUGUGGUUUUGGAUUCUCUGGACUUAUUAGUGAAGCUAUACAAGUGUCACUUUCUAAGCUUUUUGUUUCUGGAGUCUCACAACUCAGAUUUCUUCGAGAUAAAGAAAGAUAAAGAUUUCUUCAGGUAAAGAAGAGCCCAUGCCACAUUCUCAGCUGCAUGGCGUGACACCUGCUGUUUUCUCAGGUUGCAGGGUAUCUGGGUUAUUCUUCCCUGCCCGUGCACACACCUGUGCUUGCCUUCCUUCAGGCUCUAGGGCAGUGACUUCCCCCUCGGGUUCCUAGACAGGCUGCAGGAGCCCUUCAAGCCCUGAAGGUAUACACAAGAUGAUGUUUGUUCUCUUUUCCAGAAAAGGCUCCAGUGGUUCUUACUGGAGCCAGAACUAAUUUAGGAGCUACCACUAGAUAAUGGCUGGCUGGCCUCAAAACUGUUAAUUCUGUCCUUGUGAGUGGGACACCUCUUUUGUUAACCACACUAUUUGGAUUUGUGGGUUGCUAAAGAGAGAACAGAGUUCGUGGAGAUAAAGUGUAAUCAUGCAGUUUCUGUUUGAGAUUAACUGUCUUUUCCCACCUCUCAUCCAUGUAUUCUGUAAGGGUGACCAGAGAAGUCACGCUGUUCUGUGGGGUUGGGAAUAGUGAUUUCCCAGGAAAGUCCUUUUGGAUUCAUUGCUAACCCUGGCAUUUUUCUCUGGGAUGCACUGACACUACAUUUCCACACACGCAGGGCAGUGUGUUCAGGGAGCCUGAGCCAGGGAGAGCGUGGUGCCUUUGUACAGCAGAAAAGGGGAAUGUGAGGUGUCAGUCGAGGGAACGUCUGUGAGUGUUAUAGGCUGAUGCAGUCAGUAAGAACUGAACUGUGAUUUGGGUUCCACUCGGUAGAAUCGUGUGCAUGUAUCUGCCUCUGUGUGCAUGUGUGAGGUCCUCUCUGUGUGUCUAUCCUUGUGGACACCUAUAUUUGAUAUCUUUAUCUCACAGAGUUAUCUUUGAAGCAGUGGCAGUGAUAUAUUCCUUCCAAGGACACGUGGAAUUCUUUUUAAUACCGGUUGUUCAAAAUGAACUGUUCUAGCCCUCUGUUGAGAAAUAAAGAAACCAUAAGUAUCUUGGAUGCUUAUGGCUGUGCUGCUCCCUUCAGUGGUGCUACUCUGGCUGCCAUUUAGUCCCUCGUGGUGUCACUACUGUCAUGCCCUCUCUUCCCUGCACAGAAGAGCUAUGGCUCGGGUAUCUGUGCUGACUGCUGUGUAGCAGCUUCAUGAAGGAAAGAAACUGUUCAGUGACUGACAAAAACUGGCACAAUGGAGGCCAUUUUUUAGAAUUUUUUGGUUUGUGCUUGUUUUAAUAUCUCAAAACCAAGAAAACCCUAAAAUCCUCUUGUGUGUGUGUGUGUGUGUGUGCUAGUGUUUUAUUGGCUUUUUGUUCUGGUAAAAUAGCAGUUCAAGUUUUACAAAAAAGUUUUUAAUUAGGUUCAAAAUAUAUUUUGGCGUACUCUUUCUUCUACUCAGCUAUAAGACAAAUACAGUGCACAGAAGAAGAGUAAAGAAUUAUCUCUACCUGCUGUUACUUGAGUUUGGGAGGGAGUCAUUUCUUACUACUCCUCUUGCUUUUGUGGGGAAAAGUUUUCUCCCUCAGAAGAGUUAGCGGUUGAAUGUUUAGCUCAUGCCCUACGUAUAAUUUAUAGACACAACAAUUGCUUCUUUUUUUUUUUUGGUACCGGGGAUCGAACUCAGGACCUUGCGCUUGGGAGGCAGGCGGCGGAACCACUGAGCUAAAUCCCCGGCCCACGACAAUUGCUUUUUAAGUAUUUGCCUAACAAAGGUUUUGUUUUAUCAGGUUUUUUUAAGGUAGAUUAUAGAGUAGACAACUGUAGUGAUAAGGUAGGUGGCUGAUUUGGUGGGAGUAGGUGUACACUUAGGAUGGCUGGUAUAUUUUAGGGAAUGGAAUUCAUUGGAGAGAAGGUUGAAGUGUAUUGUGAUGUGGAACUUGAAUAGCACAUAUUCUCUGGUUUGCUCUAAUAAGUUCAAUUUCCAUACACUGACAUAUACAUUUUGUUGUCACUUGAAAGAGAGCUCCUAGGAUUGUUAUGAAAGUCAUGCCUGUCACAUUUAUAAGAUUGCGGUUUCUUCCCUGCACUUAGUCUUUAGGACCCUCCAGGUUUAAAAGUAGUAGACAGACAGGAAAGAAGUUGCUGUGGAGGAGUUCCACAUGUGAGUGGAUUGCAAACCUCAUGUAAACCAAAACCCUGCUUAUCGACAGUAACCUCUGCCUUCACCUCCAGCCUCAGAUAUGCAGCCCUGCCUGGUCACAUGGUCACUGAAGUUUCCCAAAUUUGCUCUGAAUUCGAGGCGGUAGCCUAAAUAAAUUGGAGCCAGAGGGGGUCAGGAGGAAAAACUGUUGAAGAUCUUUCUUCCGUCAAAGAGAAAUGCAUACCCUAGAGCUGCUCCAACACCCUGGGUUUCUGAUUUUUUUAAACAUUGAAUAUGGUUAAGAAGAAGAAUGAAAUUAGAUGACACUUGACUAAAAAAAAUGUUUAUAAGCAAAUAGCCUAGCCUUCUUACAUUUUGGUAUAAAGUUGUGAACUUCAUAACUUUGUAAAGCAAGAUAUAAAGCAAAUACAAGAGGAAAAUAAAGUACUUUUACUAAUUGACUGUUUA